GGAUAAAGAAGUUAUUGAGUGCACUCUUAAUUUCUAUAAUCUUUUCAUGGCCACAUCAAAAACAUUUUCAUCCAAACCAAAACAGGGUUGCUACAGAUAUAAACAUGAUUAGGGGGUAAGUGGUAAUUUCCCUAUAUGUAUAAAUAUACUUGUACUACAUUACACACAGCCAGCAGAUAUAAAUAUAUAAGUUUCUUAAUUCCUAUGCAAUAUGUUUUUUUCUGAAAAAAAAAAUGCAUGUUGUGAAGAAAUCAAAGGUGACCAAGCAGCUCCAGUCUUUAUCAGAGAAAAUGCCAAUAAGGUUACCCAAGAUUAUGUUCCCAGUUGGGGGGUGCUUCGAUGGCUGCAGAGACCACACGCAAGGCUCAGGAGGCUUGGGCACCAGAAUUUGGAAUCUCAGUGACAAGGCUGUAGAGCUCCAAAUAAGAGUGGGUUCCAUUCUAAAGAAGGUUCACACCCUCAAACCAGGCUCAUCAAAGAGACUCAAAUGCAAGACCAUAUACAAAGCCUUUAUGCCUGGUGGGAAUAUCAAUGGUGGGAUGAAGAGCUUGCUCUAUUACUACGACGAGACUUGUCACCCUUAUGUUUGGAUAAACGACACUGGAGGUGACACCAUGAGAAUGGUCAAGCAACAGUAUAUUAGCCUUGAAGAUUUGAGAGAUUAUUCUGAGAUUAGAAUCUUUAGAGAUCACCAACGAGGUUGCAUUUCAGUCCGGAAGAAGGCCAGGCCUGAUUUUUGCUGAGAUAUUUUAAUUUAUGUACUUUUUUUCUUCUUCUCUUUUUAAAGUUUGGAUAUGUUACAGUUUGUUGUUUUUGUUUUUGGUUCCAUUUUGAUCAGAUUUUAAUGCUUCAUUAUCUCUAUCUGAUUAUUCUCUGGUGGUGGGUGUGUAUUUGGAAGAGUUUUGGUUUUUUCUAAAGGCCAUAUUGUUAAAUACAGAAAAAUUAAUGUACUAAUCAGAUCAAAUAUGGGGACUGAAGUUAUUAAUUCCCAGAUUC